UAAGAAAAAAAAUGGAAUCAUCAAUUCAGUUCGUUAAUGAACUAAAUACAUGCCAAUUCGUUCGACCUUUUAGAGUGGUAUUGGGAGCCUUAUCACCAUCAUAGAUGAGCGUUAUCUUGUUUAUUUUCUUAACCUUCACCCAGUUUUCAUGUGAUGAAAAUUUCCACCACUAUUGCAUUGAAAAUUCAGUUAAUUCUCUGGGUAAACAAAAAACCAAAUUUUCAGAUUUUGGGAAAUGUUUCUAAAUGGGCGGUAAAGCGUGCGAAUUCUUCAAAACAUUGGCGACAAAACGACGCAAUAAAUUACCGAUGCAGCAUAUAUUACGGCAUAUUUAAUUCAUUAUGCACUUUUGCGAGGUUGUGCCUGAAUAUACAGGUCGCCUAUUAAUCACAUUUGCUCUGUUAUGAAAGGCUGAAAUCUAGUUCAGCGGGCCGACAAUCUGCAUUUUUGAUAAUGGAUUUCGAAUCGAAUAAAAAAUGCAGGUAAUAUGCGUCUCACUCGAUUUGGCUGAAAACGUAUCCAUUUCAGUCCCAUUGAAAAUUGCUUUAAGAACAUCUGCAAGUAUCCUCCAAUUUGCUGCGUUAAACUCCCCAAAAAACUUGGUUUAGAGAAGGAAAAAAUCAGAGCAAGUCAGUAGGCAGAUGCGUCGCGACGCUAUCGGGCGCGUCGUUUCGAAACGGUGUCACGCGUGCAUUCUAAUGCAGUCCGACCCUGAAAUGCACCUCAGGGCCGUAGGCCCGAAUUAUUGCGAAAGGCUCCGUCAUAAUGGUCAAGGUAAAAACCUCCCUCCCGAAAAAGCGGCGCGCCGAUGUAUAAAAUAGUGCUUCCUCAAACAUUGACUUAUCAGUUCCUCUUUCCGUCUAUUUACCACCCGAUCUCAGAGAAUGGCGAACAAGUGUUUAGUGUUUUUUGCCUUCUGGGCAGUAGUGUGGAGGAUCACCCUUGCGGGGCCUUUGCAGGCCAACUCCCCAAGGAGCCGAUCAGGACGCAGCUACUGUAACUGCGAAUGCGGAGUGGUGAAGCGGGAGAGUCGGGUAGUGGGAGGAAACGUGACCAAUUCCCACGAGUUUCCUUGGCUGGCCGGCCUGAGCCACGGAGGCGAGUUUCACUGCGGAGCUGCGCUCAUUUCCAGAAAGCACGUGAUUACUGCUGCGCAUUGCGUCAAUGGAUUCGAUAAGCGGGACUUGAUGGUGACUUUGGGGGACCACGAUCGUGACUCCAGGGACCGAUUCAACCACAUAGAAGUGCGUGGGAUCAGAUCGGUGCGCAAACACGAACACUUUGACCUGGCCACCUACAACAACGACAUCGCCAUCCUGGAACUGGACCUCCCAGUGAGCUUCAACGAGAAAAUGAACCCGGUUUGCCUCCCCAGCAACUCUCCUCUGGACUACACGGGACGCGUAGGGAUAGUGGCUGGAUGGGGCAGGAUUAAUGAGCGGGGCGACACGUCGCAAGUGCCCCGAAAAAUCGCCGUUCCCGUCUGGAGCAGGGAGCAGUGCUACAAUUCUGGGUACGGAGAGCACAAGAUUUCGGGCAAUAUGUUUUGCGCUGGAUACCAAGAAGGCCGCAUCGACGCCUGCCAGGGGGACAGUGGCGGCCCGCUGCAGCUCAGCAACCACUUGGGGGACAUGGAACUCAUUGGGGUGGUUUCCUGGGGGAGAGGCUGCGCCCGCCCAAAUCUGCCCGGCAUCUACACCAAAGUAGCCAAUUAUCUCCACUGGAUUGAAGAGCACAUGGAGGGCGAAUGCGCGUGCCAGCGCCCAAACGCCAAGUUCUUCUAGAGCUUCAAUUUUUGCCCAAAACUCUAGUCAAUUAUAUUUAUUUAUUUAUUGAGCUGCGAACAAUGCAACGAAACUGCGGAAGUAGUCGCAGUUACGAUGAUUGUAUUCAAAUGAAGACAGUUGCAUUGACUUCAAGGAAAGGUCGUCAGAAAUUGAUCUUGAUUAUUGUUAUACAAUCGACAAAUUUACACGUUUUACAUAAGGAUGCCGCGAAGCUUUGUGGUUUUAAAUGAUUAACAGUCGGAGACAAAAAGUGUCUUUUGAUUGUUGCCAUUGACCCGAUUGCCGCUGCUGUUCUAACUGGCUUUCAAUGCCGUUUUGUCGCCAAAUGUGUCAGUAUUCACAUUUUGUUAUUGGAUUAAGCACCAAAGAAAUAUAUUAGUUAAUUAGCAUUA